CUAUCUAUCUAUCUAUCUAUCUAUCUAUCUAUCUAUAUAUCUAUCUAUCUAUCUAUCUAUCUAUCUAUUAUAAACUAUUUUUGUUUAAAAAGGUAGUUUAUUUAGCUUUUCACUAAACGUGUAUUAUUUGAAUAUGACUUCCUCAACGUUGUCAACUAGUCUUGCUACACCGUUUACUACCCUACUCCCAGUUCGCUUUUUUUAUCUCCUAUACUUCCUUUAAAAAAUAAACUGGGCGUCUCUCAUGUAAAAACAGGGCUAUAAAAUAAUAGGAAUCUCCCGGCUCAACAGCAGGGCUGCACCUCUCAGACAAUGUGACUUUCCCAUACAGCACUUGUAUUAACACAGUAAGUGACACUGUCUAGCAGCUGAGAUGUCGAUAAGGAGCAUGCUGGAAUUCAAGGAGCUGGGCGCUGAAGAGAACUCGGACACCGACCGCGACUUGGACAGCGUCAAAGCGCUCACCGAGAAACUGAAGUUGCAGACACGGCGACCGUCAUACUUGGAAUGGAAGGAGAGGCUGCAAUGCCAGCCUUGGAGACCAGGCGAGAAAGGACAGGACGGGUCUGAGGUACAGUGCCCUAACAAGACCGAAGACGAGGAUUUAAAGGAGGUGGACGCUCUUAAGAGUAGCAGCAGCAGCAGCAGUACAGGUAGCAAGAGCGCCAGUAAAGACGGGGCUGGCACUCUGCAGAAUAUCUGUGGGUUUGACACCAUGGAUGACGCAUUGAACUGGUUAAGGAAAGAACUAAGGGAGAUGCAAAUGCAAGAUAACCAGCUCGCACGGCAGCUCAUGAAGCUACGGGGGGAGAUCAACCAGCUGAAGGUGGAGCAGGUGUGCCACCAUCACAAGGAGAUGCUCGACGACGCCACCUAUGGGUUGGAGGAGUGCGGGGAGGAAUCUGACCUGCUGAGUGACAUCCCCCUGAAAGCAGCUUUCUCGCUCUCCACGCCCCUCAAACACAUCGGGGUCACCCGGAUGAACAUCAACUCUCGCAGGUUCUCUCUCUGCUGAGGCUGGGAGAUACUGCACUCAGGUAACAGGGGUGCAAACCAUAAAAAAAAAAAGUGCCUACUGGUGGUAAAUUUUCAAA